AUGGCUGCCCUGUCCAGUCCCGCUCUGUCGACCUCGGUCGAGAACGAGGAUGACUCUACCACCACGGGCGAUCCCCAGUAUUAUCUCCCCGCUGACGACCCGGACCUCUCGCUCAUACGCGCCAAUCCCCUCCUUAAAGAUGGUGUCUCCAAGGAGGCGCAUCCCAUGCAGAAGCGACGCAGGGUCACCAGGGCCUGUGAUGAGUGUCGUCGCAAGAAGAUCAAGUGUGAUGGCAAGCAGCCGUGUGCUCAUUGUACAGUCUAUAGCUAUGAAUGCACUUACGAUCAGCCCUCCAACCGUCGUCGCAACCCGGCGCCACAGUAUGUCGAAGCCCUGGAGGCCCGUCUGCAAAAGGCAGAGGCCCUGCUCCGCGUUCUCGCCCCGGACGUGAAUCUCGACGACCCCCAUUUCGAUGUCCAAGCGACCGAGCAGAUGCUGGUUAGAGAUCACGUCAACAAGCAGACAAACCCUCCGCCAUCGCUUCAUCAGCAGCAGCCACCGCAAUCGCUGCAACAACAACUACCACUGCGCCCACUGCAACAGCCACAACAGCAGCAGCAACAACCACCACCACCACAACAACAAAAAUCGCAAGAGAAUGGCGAAUCCUCGUCGCUCGAGGCCGGGGAGGAGUCGCUGCUGGAGACCAUGGUCGAAAAUUCCGGCUCCCUCGACCUUGACGAUCAGGGCCAUUGGGAUUACCACGGUCAUUCGUCGGGCAUCAUUUUCGUGCGCCGCUUGCGCAAGCAGCUCGGCGCUGCUGAUAAUAACGAGAUCAUUCCGCGUCUACGGCCGGUUGGUCAGGUCCUGGAGAGUCCCAAGUCCAUCUCCGAGUCGCCCCAGGAUUCUAACGGGCCGCCCACCCACGAUCUCCCCUCGCGCGCUGUCGCGCGCAAACUCUGCCACAGCGCCCUCGACGACGGCGGCGCUCUCAUGCGCCUCGUCCACGAACCCUCCUUCUAUACCAUGCUGGAUCGUAUAUAUGACACCCCUCCUGAUCAGUUCACCAACGAAGAGAACUCCUUUCUCCCUUUGCUCUACAUCGUCAUCGCCGUCGGCUGUCUGUUUGCCGAUAAUGGAACCGGCGUGCUCGAGGUGUCCGGCUACCAGAGUGCCAUUGGACAAGGCUUUCAAUACUACAAAGCAGGACGGCAAUUGUUGGACAUCACCGACGGUCGCGACCUGACCUCCUUGCAGGCCAUCUGUUUCAUGAUCCUCUUCCUGCAGUCUUCGGCCAAACCCAGUACUUGCUACUCCUAUAUCGGCAUCGCGCUGCGCUCAGCACUGCGAUUGGGCCUGCACCGCUCGGUGGCGGCCGAUUUCAACCCGAUCGAACGCGAGCUGCGCAAGCGCAUCUUCUGGACGAUCCGGCGCAUGGAUAUCCACAUCAGUACCCUGUUGGGCCUACCACAGAUGCUGAGCGACGAUGACAUCGACCAGGGGUACCCACUCGACAUUGACGACGAGUACAUCACCGCCGACAGCAUCCUGCCCAUGCCCGCCGACCGCACGCCGCUGAUGGCCGGCGCCAAUGCCCACACCAGCCUCACCAACAUCAUCCUCAAGGUCGUCAAGUACAUCUACCCAGUCAAGCACGUCAAGUACCGCUCCGAGUCCGACCAGCGCUACAUGGUCAGCCACUCCAAGAUCCGCGAGAUCGAGCGCGAUUUGCAGGCCUGGAUGGAACAGCUGCCACCGGCGCUGCGCCCAGGGACAGAAGUGUCCCCGCAGCUGGAACGGAUCCGGCAAUUGCUGCGCAUUGGCUAUGCCUACGUGCAGAUGGUCAUGUACCGGCCCUUCCUGCACUACGUGUCGAGCGGCUCCCAGGCUCGCGGAGUCGACAAACGCUCCUACGCCUGCGCCGCAGCCUGUGUCAGCGUGUCGCGCAACAUCGUCCACAUCACCACGGGGAUGCAUAAGCGUGGCCUGCUCAACGGUUCCUUCUGGUUUACCAUGUACACCACCUACUUUGCCAUCAUGUCGUUGGUCUUCUUCGUGCUCGAGAACCCGGACUCGCCCACUGCCAAGGACGGCGUGCUCAAGGACGCCAUGGAGGGCAAGACCACGCUGGCCGGUCUGGCGAAGAAGAGCAUGGCGGCUGAUCGUUGCUCGCAGAGUUUAGCCGUUCUAUUCAAAAGCCUCCCUGAAAUGUUGAAGAACCGACAGAGUUCUUCCGCCCCCAUUAACCUGAAACGUUCAGCGCCGUCGAACCCGGCGCCGAACCUGGCGCCCAACCGGACGGACCAGCUACGAAAGUCUCAGAUUGCCCCGGACAUUGCUCCCCCGCAACGAGCCAGCACGUUCCCUGUACACUUACUAUCGCGACCGACGAUGGUUGAGACUGCCAACACCCCGCAAACCAUGGACGACAACCAUGCGGCCUUCAAUCGAAAGAAGAACACAAACACGCACAGCAAAACGCCCUCGGGUCUGUGGCUUGUGCAGACGCCCGAACCCGCAUCCUCCGGCACGCCGUCCGAGGUGUUUCCUCUCUCAGAGACCACCCAUCAUACAGCCUCCUCUUCCUCUGCCUCCUCCUCCUCCUCCUCCUCCAUGACCUCUCCGCUGACCUCGACGGUGCCGCCUGCCGUCCCACCAACAACAACCUCGCUAGGCAUGAGCUACGCGCAGCCGUUGGGGACUUCGGGCGUUCCGGACCUGAUGCCCAUCAUGUUCCCGUCGGACGAUCCCUUUGCGUACCCGGCGCAGCCCAUGUCGACGCUAGAAGACGACCACUUCCGGCACGACGCAGGCAUCUCAGGGCCUCCUCCAUACUCGUUUGACCGCCCGCCGACGAGUAACGGCAGGAUGACAGAUCCUGCAAACACCACCACCACCACCAACAACAACAACAAUAAUAAUAAUAACCCGCCCACCACCCCUAAUUUUGAUAAUAGUACCUUCCCUGGCGGCUUCCCCCUGUUCGCCACCGAGACAACAACAACAACAACAACAACCAACGCCGCCGCCGGUGCCAUGAACCCGUCGAUAUCGGCCCGGUUCUCUUCAGCGUUAGGAGCACCUUCUGUCUCGCCGGUCCCGCACCCAUCAGCGUCGGGGUCUGUGCACGGGAGCGAAUCAAUAGGGAGUCCAGAUCUGGUCUCGCUACCGAAUCAGCAUUUCGGAUGGCAGAAUAUCAGCGGUGCGCCGUCAGAGAUGCCUGUUGAUUUUGUCCAACACCAACAGCGACAACAUGCACACCAACAACAACAGCAACAACAGCAGCAGCAGCAGCAGCAGCAAACGAUUGAGGACUGGGAAACGGGCGAUCUAGGCCUAGACCUAGGAAUCCCACUGGAAGAAAUCUUUGGAAACGCACCGUGUAACCAGAACGGCGUACCGAAUGAGGACUGGAUCCAGUGGAUGAAUGUGGGGGUGUAA